UACGCACUGUCUUGAAAUCCAUAAAGCGGAAUAUUGUAUGUGUCUCGCACAGCCGCCACGCCUGUCUCGUCGCUCCUCCUCGAGAUCGCCGCCGCAAACAUCCCCACCACCGGAAAAAGUUUUAGUUUUUCCCAACUCCCAUAUACCCACACCAUCACUUUCACCUUAUUAUAGUACAUUUUAAUUACAGUCUGAGAUAUUCUCUGACCGACCCAGAAAAGAUGACAAAAGUGGCGUAGCAACAAGAAAGCAUAUAUCAUCGGAACAUACGAACAGAAAGGUAAAGAAAUUAAACGACAAACAAAAAGGGUGAAAGAAAGUCUCCGCUUUUUUGAUGGAGGAGAGGCCGGAGACGGAGCUGAUAUCGAUACCGGCGACGCCGCGGGCGUCGACGCCGGAGAUACUGACGCCGUCGGGGCAGAGGUCGCCGAGGGGGCAGACGUCGACGGGGGCGUCGAAGGAGGGGAAGUCGUGGACGCCCACUUCGUUCAUUUCGCCUCGGUUCUUGAGCCCCAUUGGGACGCCGAUGAAGAGGGUGCUGAUAAACAUGAAGGGGUACUUGGAGGAGGUGGGUCAUCUCACUAAGCUUAACCCUCAAGACGCAUGGCUUCCCAUCACUGAGUCCCGGAAUGGGAAUGCUUACUAUGCUGCUUUCCAUAGUCUCAAUGCUGGUGUGGGCUUCCAAGCUUUGAUCUUGCCAGUUGCUUUCUCUUUUCUUGGAUGGAGUUGGGGAAUAAUUUCGUUAACUAUUGCCUAUGUCUGGCAACUCUACACGCUAUGGAUUCUAGUUCAACUUCACGAAGCAGUUCCGGGGAAGAGAUACAAUAGAUAUGUAGAACUUGCAGAGGCUGCAUUCGGAGAAAGAUUGGGCGUUUGGCUCGCUCUCUUCCCUACGGUGUACCUAUCAGCUGGAACGGGAACAGCCUUGAUUCUCAUAGGAGGGGAAACCAUGAAGCUGUUCUUUCAAAUUGUGUGUGGUCCACUCUGUUCAUCGAAUCCUUUAACGACUGUCGAAUGGUAUCUGGUGUUCACUUCUCUGUGUAUUGUGCUAUCACAACUCCCGAACCUCAACUCCAUUGCAGGGCUGUCGCUUGUGGGAGCAGUGACUGCCAUCAUUUACUCUACCUUGACGUGGAUCCUCUCUGUAAGCCAGCCUAGACCCCCGCCAAUCUCGUAUGAGCCUAUUUCGUUGCCUACCCCUACAGCUUCUCUGUUUUCGGUCCUGAAUGCACUUGGGAUAGUGGCAUUUGCAUUUCGAGGACACAAUUUAGUCUUGGAAAUUCAGGCAACCAUGCCAUCGACCUUCAAGCACCCGGCUCAUGUGCCAAUGUGGAAGGGAGCAAAGGUUGCCUAUUUCUUUAUUGCAUUGUGCCUUUUCCCUAUUGCAAUUGGAGGUUUCUGGGCUUAUGGAAACCUUAUGCCUUCAGGCGGGAUUCUGAGCGCGCUGUUUCAGUUCCACAUUCACGACGUCCCCAGAGGUCUUCUCGCGAUGGCGUUUCUCCUAGUCGUGUUCAGUUGCCUGAGUAGCUUCCAGAUAUACUCCAUGCCUGCAUUCGACAGCUUCGAAGCAGGCUACAGCAGCCGCACAAACAGGCCAUGCUCCAUAUGGGUUCGCUCUGGCUUCCGAGUCUUCUAUGGCUUCUUUUCAUUCUUCAUAGGCGUCGCGCUCCCUUUCCUGUCGAGCUUCGCGGGGCUGCUAGGAGGACUCACGCUCCCGGUAACCUUCGCUUACCCAUGCUUCAUGUGGGCGCUUAUAAAGAAGCCAACUAAGUAUAGCUUUAGCUGGUACUUCAAUUGGACCCUCGGUUGGCUAGGCGUCGCCUUCAGCUUUGCGUUCACCAUUGGAGGUAUCUGGAGCAUGGUGUAUAAUGGACUGAAGCUGAAGUUCUUUAAGCCUAGCUAAGCUGAAACCUGCAAAUGGGGCUUAGAAGUGUGAAAUUUUCAAGAAUAUGGCUUGUUAAUCUAUGGUUUUUUAGCUGUCUAGGUAGGUAAAAAAUGUUGAGGGUAGUAGGAGUGUGUGCAUUUGCUUGGAUAUGCUUAAGUUCUUUUGAUUGGAUCUUGAAUGCAUAUUUACCUUAUUCUCAUGUUUUGUUUGGAGUUAAAUUCUUAUCUAGAGCAUCCUUAUUAAUAGAGUUUUUCCGCGGUUUUUGAGGA